GUGUGUGUGUGUGUGUGUGUGUGUGUGUGUGUGUGUGUGUGUGUGCUCGUGUGUGAGUAGCCAGGUCACCCGUGAUACAAGUCAGUAUUCAACAUCCAGCCAUGUCUGAGGACGUCGGGGAGGUGACGUGAAAACUGGCCACUAGGGGCAACAGUGAUAGAAAUUUGUUUCAAAACAUUUCAAAACAAAAAAUAUGUAUAUAUUUAACUAGGCAAGUCAGUUAAUAACAAAUUCUUAUUUACAAUGGCGGCCUAUGAACAGUGGGUUAACUGCCUUGUUCAAGCGCAGAACUACAAAUGUUUACCUUGACAGCUUAGGGAUUCAAUCUAGCAAUCCUUCGGGUACUGACCCAACGCUCUAACCACUAGGAUACCUGCCGCCCCAGGUAGCCUAUCCCAAACCGUAACCGUUACUUUAACCAUUCGGAGUUAAUACCUGACCUUAAAGUGUGGUAGUUAAUGACUAAACUUAAACAUUCUGAGUUAAUGCCUAAACUGUGAGACGUCAGACUGUGAGAGCUUCAGCCACUCCAUUGUGUGUGUGCACUCCCUUAAGGACCGGACUUAUCGAACAUCAGGAAGACACCCUACUCACUCAACGAGUCAGUUCACAGUCACAACUCUAGAUUUAACAGUGCAGCUCUCUAAACACACGCGUUUGGGUUCAGUGCUUUUUCUACAGACAACAGCCACGCUGUUUUUGACGAGCGCCAGCGCCGAACUUUAAUUUGUGGAUUUACAUUUACAUUUAAGUCAUUUAGCAGACGCUCUUAUCCAGAGCGACUUACAAAUUUAACCAGCCAAGUUGUGACGCAUUUGGUUUCCCUGAGUUGUUAACACGUUAUGAAGCCACAUCUAGUCGUCUAUUUGUGUAACAGUAAUUUUAGUCUAGGCAUUUGUGACUUGAAUAACAAUCCGGAUCGAGAGUAUAAUUUAAUAUGAAUGACAACAAUAUGGAUUCUGAUCAAGUUCAACAAACAGGUUGGUGACAUUAUAUAGAAUAAAUUAUAUAAAGUGCCGUUUUUCUAAUAAUAAAACAUUGUUUCUGAGAGUUCAUCUCUUUAAAUGUCUAGUUUCAAAUAUCAUUAAAACGUUUGUAAUUCAGCGAAUGUAAUUCCUACCACUACAUGUAUUGGAAAUGAGCUGCAUUUUUCAUUGAACAGUUGUUACAUUGUUAAUAUGUUUUGUUUUCAGUCGGACUCUGACUGCAAUUAUGUAGUCUAAUAUGGCUGUGUGAUAUGUUCUAAUUAAAGGAACAUAACAGUUUACUGCGUGGUCGACUGAUUGAUUCAUUUAUUUAUUCAUUAUUUGAUCAAUUCAUUCUUUCUAUAGAUGGCAGCACAUCACAAGAAGCAAUAAGUAGUCAUAAUCAAAGGAUGACAAGAUAUCAGAUCCUCACAUUGAUAUCAAUGGCAUCUGUCAACUUCAGCUCAAUGAUCUGCUACUCUAUACUGGGGCCAUUCUUCCCCAACGAGGCCAUGAAAAAAGGAGCCAGUCAGACUGUCAUCGGGCUUAUAUUUGGCUGCUAUGCUCUGUGCAAUCUGAUGGGCUCGUUAGUACUGGGUAAAUAUAUUGUCCAGAUCGGGGCAAAGGUCAUGCUAGUUUCGGGCUUAUUCGUAUCAUCGGGGUGCACCGUUCUCUUUGGCUUACUCGACCGAGUUCCUGAGGGAGCUACUUUUAUUACCUUGUGCUUUAUCAUAAGGUCUGUUGAUGCUCUGGGCUUCAGUGCUGCAAUGACUUCUUCUUUUGCAAUUUCAGCAAAAGUUUUCCCCAACAACAUAGCAACUGUUCUGGGUAGUUUGGAGAUCUUUACAGGGCUGGGUCUGAUACUGGGACCACCAAUAGGUGGAUGGCUGUAUCAGUCAUUUGGAUACGAAGUCCCUUUCAUGGCUCUGGGAUGCUUUCUAUUUCUUAUGGUCCCCUUCAACAUCUACAUCUUACCAAGCUUUGCUGCUGAUCCUACCAAGGACUCCUUCUUCAGGCUGUUCACACGUCUGAAGAUAGUCCUCAUUUGCUUUGCCAUAUUCACCCUGAGCUCUGGACUUGGCUUUCUGGAUGCAACCUUGUCCAUAUAUGCCAUUGAUAAGUUUGACCUCUCUCCAGGUUAUGUGGGUCUUCUCUUGCUUGGCCUGUCGUUGCCUUACUGUCUGGCCUCACCUCUGCUUGGUAUCGUCAGUGACAGGUUUCCUUCCACGAGGCCAUGGUUGAUGGUGCUAGGAGGCUUGUCUACAGCAACUGGUUUCUGGUUCUUAGGUCCUGUCCCCAUUCUGCAGAUACAGAGUCAGCUGUGGCUGUUGGUCUUCAUGCUGGGUGUCAUAGGAUUCUCUCUAAGCAUGAUUGCCAUCCCCACCUUCCCUGAAAUACUCAACUGUGCAUAUGAAAAUGGAUUUGAGGAGGGGCUGAGCACUCUUGGACUGGUGUCGGGAUUGUUUGGAGCAGUGUGGUCCAUUGGAAUGUUUUGUGGUCCAACGCUUGGUGGCUUCACCACACAGCAGCUGAGCUUUGAGUGGGCUGCUUCUGUUCAAGGAGGCCUGGCAUUUUUAGCCGCUUUCUUUCUUGGUAUAUAUUUUCUCUGUCAAGGAACACAACAAAGAAGGGCUCCUCAGAUCAAGAGGAAAAUACCUUCAGAUGAAUGUACCCGUCUCCUGUCCUGAACAACGAUCAUCUGCCAGGAACACGUACAGUGAGAGAUGUGUACCAAACAAUAAACACCACUUCUUAUUAUAUUAUGUGUACGUAUUGCUAGAGAUUGUGGUGGGCGUGUAUUGUAUUGCUAGAGAUUGUGAUAACACAGAACAAUGAGAAAGAUAUUUCACCAAAUGUAUAAAUGUGAAGAAACCGGUUGGCGUUUCCACUCACUACCAAACAUGGUGGUGAGAGGCAGCCCAGUGGCCGGCAGCGGGAGUAGAUGGAGCGAGAUGGAUUUUGGCUGACAUUCUGCAAAUUUUCUCUUUGAUGAAACAUUUGAUCUCAAUAGUUUUCCAAAACUGUUACGAACAGAGUGAACUAAGUUUUGUACUUUACCCUUUGCCAAAGUUUUUUAAAAAUGCAUUAUUUAGGAGUGCAAGGGCGAAUUUCACAGAGUAGACGUUCCCUAACAGAAAUAUGCAAAUACAUGCUAGAACGCACCAAUAGGCUCUCGCUAGCUUUUGCUUGGCUAUGCCCACCUCGUUUGUUCUGCCCACUAUGAUUCAUUUGCUUACAUUGGAAACGACAGGCUGUGGUCUAUCUUGGGUUAGUUAUAAAAAAUCUUUGGUGAUAAUGUACAGUGCAUUCGGAAAGUAUUCAGACCCCUUUACUUUUUCCACAUUUUGUUACUUUCUAGGCUUAUUGUAAAAUGUAUUAAAUAAAAAAAAAUCCUCAUCAAUCUACACACAAUACCCCAUAAUGACAAAGCAAAAACAGGGUUUUAGCCAUUUUUUGCAACAAAAAACAACAGAUAUCAUAUUUACAUAAGUAUUCAGACCCUUUACUCAGUACUUUGUAGAAGCACCUUUGGCAGCAAUUACAGCCUUGAGUCUUCUUGUGUAUGACGCUACAAGCUUGGCACACCUGUUUUGGAGAGUUUCUCCCAUUCCUCUCAAGCUUUGUCAGGUUGAAUGUGGAGUGUUGCUUCACAGCUAUUUUCAGGUUUCUCCAGAGAUGUUCUGACUGGGCCACUCAAGGACAUUCAGAGACUUGUCCCAAAACCACUCCUGCGUUGUCUUGACUGUGUGCUUAGGGUCGUUGUCCUGUUGGAAAGUGAACCGUUGCCCAAGUCUGAGGUCCUGAGCACUCUGGAGCAGGUUUUCAUCAAGGAUCUCUCUGUACUUUGCUCCGUUCAUCUUUCCCUCGAUUCUGACUAGUCUCCCAGUCCCUGCUGUUGAAAAACAUCCCCACGGCAUGAUGCCGCCACCACCUUGCUUCACCGUAGGGAUGGUGCCAGAUUUAGCAAAAAUCUCUAAAAACCUGUUUUCGCUUUGUCAUUAUAGGGUAUUGUUAUUUAAUCAAUUUUAGCAUAAGGCUGUGAUGUAAAGAAAUGUGGAAAAAUUCAAGCAUCUGAAUACUUUCUGAAGGCACUGUAUAUAAGCAGCCAGACAGUGAACAAUAUAUAUCUAUAUACACUACAGAGGUGCUAAACGUGGACUGUAACUUGUAUUAAAAUGUAAAACUAAGAGGAUGAUGCUACAGUUAAGACUUCUCAUUUGUUGUCAUAGAGUAGCACUAGCAAUCAAAAGCAGUUUGCAUUAUGCCAAUAUCAAAAUAAGACCUGUGUAUACUUACUUGAACUGUCAAGAACCUCAACAAGCUGUGGUAAAGCUUUGGAACUUUUUGAAUGAGCUUCUAGCAAGUUAUUUCAAAACACCAUGUACUUAGGAAUAGGUUCAUUCAAGUUUCAUAAAAUAAUGUUUACUUAAUGACAAUCAAUGGGCAUUUAUCAGUUGGCAAUGUAAAUAUGUACCCAUUGAAAUGCAGUACUAUGUAAAUGCCUCUCAUUUCCAACACCACAUGACUUGAAUUAUGUCUGAACAGUGGGGUCAGAACACAAUGUGCCUAGCUAUUGACCUCCUUCGUGGUUAUGUAGAUUGCCCAUUGACCAAAAUGACUGUAUCCACUUGUCAAGUGAUCAUAACUGUCGUUCAUUCAAGUACACCAAACUAUUUGAAAAUAUGUAACUAAUGUAAUCUUAGACCUUUGUUACAGUCUUGUAGUUACAUGCCUUUGGUGUUAUUCCAAUGUGUGCUUCUGCUCUCUUAAACUCCUAUUUACAAUAAUGGCAUUAGGCGAAAUCGAGGAACCUUUUUCCUCACUGACUGAAGUGUUCCAAAUUACAUUUGUCUGGUCAAAUAAAAUAGGGAAUUCAUAAUAAAAGAGAACAGAUUUUGUCUACUA